CCUCAGUCAUAUGUCCAGCAUGCCGUGCCAACCCCUCGCCCCUCCUGGCUCUGGGACCCUCCACACCUACCAAGUACUUUUACCUUUUCACUCAGCAGCGCCCCCCUGGGGCCUCCUGGAGGAGCCCUUCAAUCCGUCAGAGGAGCACGUGUUGGUGGUGCGCCUGCUGGUGAAACAUCUGCACGCCUUCUCCAGCAGCCUGAAGCCGGAGCCGCCGCCCUCGCCGGCCCACUCCCCCCCCCACACCAGCCCGCUGGAGGAGUUCAAGAGGGUGGUGGUGCAGCGCUUUGUGCAGCAGAAGCUCUACCUGUUCCUGCAGCAUUGCUUCGGACACUGGCCGCUGGACGCCUCCUUCAGAGCCGUGUUGGAGACGUGGCUCAGCUACAUUCAGCCUUGGAGAUACACAGGAGAGAAGCCAAAUGCCCAACCCGACCAGAACAGAACCGUGCCGGACAAAUGGGAGCCGUUUGUCCACGAGAACCUGCUGCUCUACACCAAGCUGUUCCAGGGCUUCCUGAACCGGGCCACGCGGACCGACCUGGUCAACGCCAAGAACGCCCUGAUGGUGUUCCGGGCCGCCAAGGUUCUGGCCCAGCCCAACCUGGCAGACAUGAUCCAGAGAGGUGAGCAGCUGUUUCUGGAGCCGGAGCACGUCCUGCCCCACCGGCAGCCCCGCGGUUACCUGACGCCGGGCCAGGGGGGCAGCUACCUGUCGCCACGGCAACGGAUGGUGACUGACACGGCGUUCAAGGUGAAGAGCCACGUGUAUUCCCUGGAAGGACAGGACUGCCAGUACAAGCAGAUGUUUGGCUCCGAGGUCCGAGGAGUGGUCAUGAGGUUGAUCCAGAUCAUCGCACAGGCCCGCCACACGGCCAAGCGGAUCUCGGAUCAGUCCAGCGAGGCGGCUGCCAGCGGCUCCUUCCUGUCCUGGUUCGGACUCGCCUCCUCCGACCUCAGCAAUGCUUUUCCCGGCGCCGAGCCCGAGGACAGCGGCGAGUACCUGAAGAAGACCCACGAGUUCCUGGACCGGGCCCUGGAGAACCUGUGUCAUAUCUUUAAGCUGAACCAGAACCAGCUUGCCCAACUUGUUGCCAACCUGGGCACCGCGCAGGACGACGGGUGCGCCAACCAGCUGCCGGACUGCGUCCAGGGCGAGACUGGGCCGGUUCUGACGGACCUGGGCCGGAGACAGAUCAUAAACGGCCUGCGCCGCUUUGAGGUUCAGUACCAGGGCGAUCCAGAGCUGCAGCCAAUCAGGAGCUACGAGAGCGCCCUGCUGGUGCGGCUGCUCUAUAGGGCAUCAUCUCUGCUGAACAACAAGCUCCAGGCCCAGAUGGGCGCUCUCUGCUCGCGCUCAGACUUCCUGGGUCGGCUCGGCCGGCGGUACUUGACGGACCCGGAUUCCUGCGUGCGGCUGCGGCGCAGCCCGAUGUCCCAACGGGCGCUGGAGCGGCGCCAGCAGCCGCGGCUCAGCCUGCGGCCGCUGGCCAGCUACCGGACGCUGUUGCUGCUGCUGCUGUUCUACGCGCUGGGGGCGCUGCUGUCGCUCAGGCCCCUCUGCAGUACGGCCCUGCUCCUGACGGGGGCGCUGCUGUAUGGCGUCCUGAUGACGCUGUGUGCUGAAAAACUGAAAACGCAAUAAAACGCCAACUAGCUGAGCUUCUGACUUGGUUUAACGCUCUACUGCGUUAGUGUUAGCAUGAGCCAGAGCUCUGGUAUUUUUCUGAUGUAAAUACUUCUUUAUUUUCUCCUUUGAGCAUCUGGAAACAGAUGCAAGCCAAAAGAUUUUAAAUGAAUAAAGUAUUUUUCUCAAUGAAAACACA